GAUGAUGAUGAUAAUUGGUGUCGUGAUAACGACUGCGAUUGACGAUGACGAUGAUCGUGAUUUGCCUGGUGUGCAGAUGAUGGCUACUGGAACAAGUCAGACAUCAUCACAAGGUAACGUCGUCCCCUUUCCCUUUUACCUUCUUUUCUCGUCCGUACCUCUCCUCUACUUGCCUCUGCUCCUUCUCUCCCCUUCUGCUCUUAGCGUUCUGGUCAGGGAGAGAGAAAUCAAAGACAAUCUGCGGAGCUCCAAGAAUCCAGAGUUGGUCGAGAAGCGAGCAGCAAGCACGAUGCCAUUCAUCUCCUCCAACCGGCGACCUGUCCUUGAUCAAGAAGGCGAGGACACGAAAGAGAAGACGAAGGAGGAGGAGGGAGGGAGAAAGGUGAUCCCCCUCAACAUUAUCAGCAAUGAUGAUGAAAUGGCUGAUUCCGCUCAGGACGAUGUUUCAAACAAGCUCCCCCAAGUUCCUAAGUUGAGAUUCGAUGGGGAAGGCAGAGGUCGGAAAGAGGAGGAGGAGGAGGAGGAAGGGGAGUGGCCAUGGAUUGUUGGAAAGCCGAGCGUCUUUCCAUCUCUACACAACUCUUCCCUUCCCUCCCUACGAAAUACUUUCAUCUUCUGAUGUUUGUAGUGUACAGCGACUUUGAUGUCUUGUGAAUGAAUGUAAUGUAGAUGGUGCCC